AUGAUCGUUGGUAAUGAAAGAAAUACAGAAGACAACGGACGAACGUUCAAAAAAGUACCGGCAAAACGAACACCUAAAGAAUGUUCAACCAAUCCAGUAGACGAUUCGAAUAGAACGAAAGAAAUUCAUAAGAGAAAUGAGGGAAAAAAAAGUGAACGGGAAGAAUCGAAUUUAGCGGACGGCAAUGAUUCAGAAAGCUUAUCGAAAAGAACGAACAUAUUGAAUGCUUCGAAUAAUAAUCCCUUAGAGGUGUUUCUUUCAGCACCUCCAAUCUUAUUCAUUACAGAUAGUAAUAGUAGUUGUAAUGAUAAUGACAGUAUUUAUCAAAAUGAUAGUCGUAAUGAUGAAAUGACUGAAUUGGCAGCAAACGAAAGUGAUUUAAAUGAGUAUGAAAAAAGGCAGUUAAAAUCAGAUAUUUUUGAUUAUAACUGUCAACAGCAACAAUCAGUUGAUAAUUUAUUGACAGCAGCAACAACAACGACGACUGGUAAUAAUAAUACUACUAAGAGUAAUAAUAAAAGUAAACGAAAGCUUGAACCAACGCUGAGGAAGUCGUCAAGUGCAGAACAAGGUUAUCAGGGUAGUUCAAUUCAAUUGCAAAUCGCUCGUUCAUGCUACUCACCCGACCAUCCUCAGCACUAUCAGUCAUCGCGAUGCCUAUCAUCAGUUCGAAUUCCACUCAAAAGUGCUUUAAAAGCAACCAAAUCAGAUGCUUAUUUACUCAAUACUGGAUUCCAUCAUCCAGUUUUAUCCAGUGACAGCGAUAACUCCUCACUGAACACCAUUAGUGCAUCACAAAAUUGUUUCUAUCGAUCACUCAGCAAAUCGGAUCUACUCGAGUUAAGGCGUACCAUCAGUAAAUCCGACUUCAAGCAGGUGCAAGACCCUUUAUCACGUCCAAAAUUGAAACGUAAUAGCUCAUUGGAUUGUCCACCAGGCCACGAUUUCAUAUUUCGAAUAGAUGCCGUUCUACCGAAUCAUCGAGACUAUGGUCGAAUGCCACCCUUUUACGAUGCCACUGAUUCUGAAGAGGGUGAUUUCAUACGUCCUUCUGUGCUAUUCCCGUCCAUGAGGUUUCUGUUGAUUACCAUUCACAAAAUUAUUAGUACUGUUUUUGUUACUAUUAUUGUUACUGUUACUAUUAUUGCUAUUGUUAUUGUUAUCUGUAAUAAACCUUAGACAAAUCGAUAUGUUUUUGCUUAUUAUGAAAUGUAAACUGUAGAAAGGUUAUUGAUAGCAGCGUUAUUAUGUUGUUGUUUUAUAACACUUUCAAUAAGUUCAUCCAAUAUGGCCGUUGCAUUAAUUUGUAUGACUUCGUGUUCGAUGCACGGUUAUGGUGGUGAGUUGGAAUGGCAUAGUGAAGAGGAAGGCUUUGUGUUAGCAGCACAAAAUGCAGGGUCGCUGUUGAUGGUCGUAACAGGUUUAUGGGCUGAUCGAAUCAACGGUAAAUGGAUGGUCGGCGGUAGUUUAGUGCUGUGUGCACUAGCGAAUGCGGCUUUACCGGUCAUGGCACGUGAAAACUUUUGGUACGCAGUUGCAGCACGUCUUGCGGUUGGUGCUGCAGAUGCCUGCUUAUCGCCAGCUGCAAAUUCACUCAUCACACGAUGGUUUCCGCAUACGGAACGUGCCGCUGCGAUUGGCAUCAUUACGGGUGGUCGUCAGAUCGAUAUUUUGAAUGGAUGGCCAGCGAUAUUUUAUUUGAGUGCGAUGAUCGCCAUUCUUGUCACACUCUUCUGGUUACCGAUGGGUGCUGAUAAACCAUCGAAACAAGGUUGCAUUUCACGACAAGAGCGUCUUUUUAUUGAAAGCAGAAUAGCGUGUGAAUCAAUCGGAAAACGAACCGCACCUCGUCACGUACCGUGGUCAGCGAUUUGUCGUUCACCGGCCGUCUGGGCCGGUGUGUUUGCGUUGGUUUGUCACGAGUAUCCACUCGUUAUCAUGUUACAAUUCCUGCCCAACUAUAUGCGCGAUAUCCUUCAGUUUGCACCCGCAAAAAAUGGUAUCGUCUCAGCGCUGCCAAUUGCGUGUCUUUUCAUCAGUAAAACCCUAUCAUCAAGUUUAUCCACAUGGCUUACCGAACAUACCACGUGGACGAAGAGUAAAAUUUGCAAGAUUUUCAACGGAAUCGCAUCAGCUGGCCUUUCGAUAUGCGUAUUGGCCGUACCACAAUUCGACAAGAACACAUCUUUCCUGGCUAUUAUUGCAUUGUGUGGAGCGAUGUUAUUCGCAGGACUACAUACGCCUGGCGUACAAACUGCGCUAGUGCAACUGGCUCCACCAUUCUCUGGUGUCAUAACAGGUUUAUCGUUUUUUGUGGUUGCAUGGUUUGGUAUUGGCAAUAAAAUUUUGACGAAAUUUAUCGUGCGAAAUGGUACACUUCAAGAGUGGGCUACUGUAUUCUACGUCUCCGGUGUAAUAGCCGCAUUACCAGUAGUUGUUUUCACGAUUUGGGGUUCUGGUGAACGACAGUGGUGGUCAACGCCUAGCUCGAAAGCUUCAACGCAUUCGCUGAACACUCAAGCGACGAAUGUUUCCAAUUAA